GUUUAAUUCCAUUGGUGAUGAUACGUAAUGUCAACAAGCUCCAAUGAAAAUUCGCAAAACAAAAAACAAAUUCUAAUAAUAACUUUAGUAUAUAUUUUAUUUUGAACGAUUUCAAACACAAGAGUAAUUGGAUAUUAAUCAUCCGUCAAUCAAUGGUCUCAUUAAUAAUAAUGGAUACAUUAAAAUAUAAUAGUACUGCGAAUAUGUACUUUCUACGCAUGAAGCUAAUAAAUAAAGCCAUAACAAUAAAAAAAUAUGAGCUGUGCAAUUUUUACAACCGCAUAAGUACAAUGCUUCCAAUAAUCUUAGGUUAUUCCUGCGAAAUGAAUCAAACUUUGUACCGAAGCGAGUGCUCAUUGUGGCAAAAUUGUCGCGAUAUCAUUUUGAAAAAAUACGAGAACCAAACUUGAGUGACGAACAAUUAAAGUUUAAAUUAUUGGAAAGGGGUUCUGAUUAUGAUGCAAUGAUAGCUAGUCAUAUAGCAACCAAACAUGUAAAAAAUCAAGUGAUUGAAGUCUUGAAGAAACUGAAUAUAGAAUAUAAAAUAAUAAAUAGAGAAAAUCUAGACAGAUCAAAUUUUAUUUGGGCUGAUUUAAUUCUUCCGAUUGGUGGCGAUGGGACGUUUCUGUUGGCGUCAAAUAUGAUAUUCGACGACAAGAAACCAAUAAUUGGUAUUAAUUCGUUUCCGGAAAGAUCGGAGGGGUAUCUUAUGUUAUCUCCGAAAUAUACAACAAGGAUACCUGAAAUUUUCGAAAUGCUAAAAGCAGGUCAUUACAACGUAGUAAUGAGACGAAGAAUUCGUACGACGAUAAAGGGAGAUAAUAUUUGGGACCCUCCUUUCCACACGCAUGAAAAAGGUCGCGUUGUAGGUGAAGAAAAAUUUUACACACAAGAUCUGAAGCAAGAAAUAUCAAAUAAGUUACCAAAAAAAAGACGUUUGCCUUGGUUGGCAUUAAAUGAAGUAUUUAUAGCAGAAAUACUUUCUGCUAGAAUAAGUAAUUUACUUAUAAAUUUAAAUAAUGAAGAGAAAUAUCAUUUGGUAAGAAGUUCUGGUUUAUGUGUUAGCACAGGAACAGGAUCGACAUCUUGGUAUAGAUCUAUAAAUACUGUUAGUCCACAAGUAGUAAAAGAAAUACUGAGCCUUUUAGAUAAAAAACAAAUUGAUAAUGAAGAGAUUGAAAAAAUCUCUUCUACUUUCAAUGCUGGUUUACCUUUUCAUGCGGAGGAAUUAAAAUUGUGUUAUUCUGUAAGAGAUAUGAUGGUAAAUAGUAUGUGGCCUACACCAAAGUGUCUGCAACCUCGUGGAUUUUGUAAAAAACUUACAGUAAUAUCACAAUGUUACGAUGCUGGUUUAGUCCUUGAUGGUGGCAUAGCAGUACCAUUCAAUUUUGGAACUACUGCAGUAUUGGAGACUUAUCCUGAAGAUUCUUUACGAGCGCUAACCCUUCCAGAUUGAUAAGUAUUUAUUUUGAAUAAAAAUCUAGUUUUGAUUUAAUUUAAGAAGGUGGGAAAUAGUUUAAGUAUCAACAGUUUUGAUGUAUUGAAGAUUAACAAGGAUUUCACAGUAUGUGAAAGUUGUACUUUUAUAUCUCAGAAUAUUUUGGAAUUUUAUAAACCGCAUUUAAUUUGAUAUAUAUGUACAAUUUCUCAAAGACUACUAUAAUUUUAUUAUGCUUUGCAUUCUGCAAUAUAAUUAUGUACAUGUAUAAGUUAAUGUAAACCAUAUUCCAAUGAAUAGCAGUAAUAAAAUCAAUAUACGUAAUGUUCAUGUAAAUGUAAUAUCAGUGAAUUUUUAUGAAAUUGUAUUUCUUAAGAAUAAAGGAACAAAAAUAUUGUUUAUAUGUAAAA